AUGGCAGAGAAGAGGAGCCCCCUGCACCUGCCUCACCACAAGGAGGAGGACAAGGAGGGGGAGGAGAAGCAGCACGGCCAUGACCAUGGUCACGGUCACGGUCACGACCACAACCAUGGCCACGGCCACGACCACAACCACAACCACAGGGAGCACGCCGGCGGGAGGGGGCUGGACAUCGACAUGGACCUACCGGCGUACGUCAACAUGGGCUCCAUCACCACCGCGGGCGUUCUCGACUGGAGGUACCAGAAGGCGACAGGGGAGAAGAGGCCGGACAAGGUGAUCGGAUUGAUCAGCGCCGAGCAGGCCAAGGAGGCCGAGCGCAGGGAGGCCGAGGAGCGCAAGGCGGAGGAGGAGGAGGGCGGGGCCGCCUGGGCCAAGAACAAGAACGUCUACCAGUUCUGA